GCUUGCGCUGACUGGCGGGUGAGAGCGAGGCUGGGAAGACAUGGCGGCCUCGGCGGCGGCGUCGCUGGCGCCUUUGGUGACGGCUCUGUAUGAGACGCAGGCAUUCAAAUUCGGAAACUUUGUGCUCAAGAGCGGGAUCUCGUCCCCGGUCUACGUGGACCUGCGUGGCAUCAUCUCCAGACCAAAGCUCCUCAAACAGGUUGCAGAUAUCUUGUUUGAAACUGCUCAAAAUGCGGGGAUCAGUUUUGAUACUGUGUGUGGUGUGCCCUAUACAGCUUUGCCUUUGGCAACAGUCAUCUGCUCGACCAACCAAAUUCCAAUGCUCAUUCGAAGGAAGGAGACAAAAGAUUAUGGUACUAAACGUCUCAUAGAAGGAGCUAUUAAUCCAGGAGAAACCUGUUUGAUCAUUGAGGAUGUGGUGACCAGUGGUUCUAGUGUUUGGGAAACUGUUGAGGUCCUUCGGAGGGAAGGUUUGAAAGUUACGGAUGCCAUUGUGCUGCUGGACAGAGAGCAGGGAGGCAAGGCCAAGUUGCAAGAACGGGGCAUUCGUUUACAUUCUGUGUGUACCUUGUCAAAAAUCCUGGAGAUUCUUGAGCAGCAAAAAAAGAUUGAUGCCGAGAUGGUUGGGAAAGUGAAGAAGUUUAUUCAGGACAACAUCUUUGCAGUCACCGAGCAGAAUAAUACCAUACCUGCAAAGGAAACUCCCAAAGAGCUUAGCUUUGGUAUGCGUGCCCAGCUCCCUGGGACCCAUCCUAUUGCAUCAAAACUUUUCAGGCUUAUGGAAAAGAAGCAGACCAACUUGUGUCUUUCUGCUGAUAUUACUGACGCCAAAGAGCUCUUGCAGCUGGCAGCCACUCUCGGUCCCAUCAUCUGUAUGAUCAAGACUCAUGUAGAUAUUCUGAAUGACUUCAGCCUGGAGAUCAUGGAGGAACUGAAAGCUCUAGCAAAAUUGCAUGAGUUUUUAAUAUUUGAAGACCGAAAAUUUGCUGAUAUAGGAAACACAGUGAAAAAACAAUAUGAAGGUGGUGUUUUCAAAAUAGCUUCCUGGGCAGAUCUGGUAAAUGCCCAUGUGGUGCCAGGCUCAGGAGUUGUGAAAGGCCUGAGUGAAGUGGGGAUGCCAAUGCACCGAGGCUGCCUCCUGAUUGCAGAAAUGAGCUCCUCUGGGUCCUUGGCCACAGGCGACUACACAAAAGCAGCUGUAAAAAUGGCUGAGGAACAUUCAGAGUUUGUCCUUGGCUUUAUUUCUGGUUCCAGGGUGAGCAAGAAACCUGAAUUUGUUCACUUGACACCAGGCGUCCAAAUACAAGUUGGAGGGGAUAAUCUUGGCCAGCAGUAUAACAGCCCACAAGAAGUUAUUGGCAAACGAGGUUCUGACAUCAUCAUUGUGGGCCGUGGCAUAUUAACAGCCUCCAAUCGUCUAGAAGCAGCUGAAAUGUACAGAAAAGCUGCCUGGGGAGCCUAUUUGACUAGACUUGGUGUUUGAGUUUCUCAAAAACACCUCUUUAUUUUUCAAAACACGUCUGCUUAAGUUCUUUGACCUCACGUUAACCAUACCACAAAAAAUCAAAGCUACAAAGACUAGGGAAGCUGCCAGGCACUUGAGUAUUUAGUGAUUUGGCGACAUUUCAUAGUAAUAAAUAGUUGCUAAAACGUAGUUUUCUUGUGACUGACAUUUUCUAGAGCAGCCACAGAAUCUGUCCCACCUACCUUUUGUUAUCUCCCCAAAUAGAAGGACAAAAGUGCCAACUUGAAAGACUUAGAUUGUCAUCACAUGUUUUAUGCUUGAAUAUGUGUAAUUUUUGUAAAAGAGGUGCGUUGGUUUAUUCCCCUUUAAAAAAAAAAUUACUGUUUUGUUGAUGCUUUAAAAAAACAUCAAGGCCAUUUCUUAAUUACCUCCUUUGUCAUAAAGAAUUAUAGGUAAGGGGGCAGCUAGGUGGUACAGUGGAUAAAGCACCGGCCCUGGAUUCAGGGGGACCUGAGUUCAAAUCCAGCCUCAGACACUUGACACUUACUAGCUGUGUGACCCUGGGCAAGUCACUUAACCCUCAUUGGUCCUCCCCCCCCCAAAAAAAAAAAAGAAUUAUAGGUAAGAUCAUUUCUUUCAGACUUCAAGGCCAUCACUCACUACUGAGAAAAAAGAGCUAUGUCAGUCUUCUGCAGUCAGAAUUGGUCAUUUUAUUAAGCAAAGUUCUAAUGCCUUUCACUGUUAUUUUUCAUGUUGUUAACAUUGUAUAAAUUGUGCUCUUUGCUAUACAUACUCUGCAUCUAUUCUUAUCGGUAUUCCAUCUGAGGAAUCCUUUCCUCUAUCUUUGGCCUUGGAUUAUAUGCUCAGGAGUGGUAUCCCUGGGUCAGAGAGUUUGGUCAAUUUAGUGACUUUGAAGAGGCACAUUUUUUUUUCCACAUAUAUGGCAAAACAACAGCUUGUUAGUAGCUGUGAAUUAAAGUACAACAUGAUAAUUUCCUUUCUUGACCCUUGGACAGGUGGGCAUUUUUUUUCCUCCCAUUUCAUAAUCAGCCUUUCAAUGAAACACCUCCAUUUAAACAUUAUCAAUAUUAUUGAACAUUAUCAAGAAGAAAAUCAGUAUCCUUGAAUCCAUAAAAAUAAUUUGCUGUCUGUGGUAAGAGCAAUUCCUGACCCUUUCUCCAAGCAACUUAGCAAGUUUUUCCUUAAAAGGUAUUGAGACAUUCCUCAAGACUCAGGGACUUAAGUCACUGCCUUAUCACCUGGGUACAAAGCAUCCACGAGGAACUUGGGGACUCUCAGAUGCUUGGCUGGUGGAUUACAACUGGAAAUUUGUUUAUCUGAAUCAACUCAAGGAGUUCUUAAUGUCUCUCUUUCCUUAAACACCCACUACUGUGGCUAAAUAAAUCUUUUUUACUAACUGUUGGAUGA